AUGUCGGCCGUGGCCUGCGUGGAUUACUUCGCCGCCGAGUGCCUGGUGUCCAUCUCCACGGGUGCCGUGGUGCACCCGGCGGCCCUGCCCCGGCCCGAGCCCCCGCCCCCGGCCCCGCCGGCCCCCGAUCCGCCGGCCCCGGGCGACUGCAGCCGGGAGGACCUGGAGGUGCGCGAGGCUCUGCAGGCGGCCGCGGCGCGCGGGGGCUCCCCCGCCCCGGGCCCCGGCCCCGCCGAGCCCCCCAACUUGCUGGCGGUAGCCAACAUCCUGACGGACCUGCGCGGGCCGCGCCCCGCCUCGGCUCACUCGGAGAGCGGCAGCAGCACCUCCUCGUCGUCCUCGUCCUGCUCCUGCGGCGGGGACCCCGACGGCGCCCCCCCGGCCGGGCCGCCCGCUCCCACGGCCGCCGCCCACGCCGCCUCCCGCCGCUGCCACAGCCCUUCGCCGCCCAGCAAGCGCCACCCGUGCCGCUUCGAGGGCUGCUGCAAAGUUUACGGGAAGUCCUCCCACCUCAAGGCGCACAUGCGGACGCACACAGGUGAGCGUCCUUUCCCCUGCACAUGGUUAGGCUGCAUUAAGAAGUUUGCACGUUCGGAUGAGCUGGCCCGGCACUACCGGACGCACACCGGCGAGAAACGUUUCUCCUGCCCCAUCUGCACCAAGCGUUUCAUGCGAAGCGACCACCUGACCAAGCACGCCCGCCGUCACCCCACCUUCCACCCCAGCAUGAUCAAGCGUCAGGGGGCCCGCAGCGUCUCCCCCAGCGACUCGCUGGCCUCUGCCCCCUGCAGCCUGGCGGGCAGCCCCAGCCCCAGCCCAGCACCCAGCCCUGCUGCCUUCCUCUAGGGGAAAGGGUCUAGGAAGCUGCUGCCACUGCCCCUCAUUCUUCCAACAUCUCCCCUCACCCCACCUUGGGCCUCCCUGAAGAGCCAUCUCCCCUUGGACCUUCUGCCUCUUCUGAAGCUGGCUGCCUCACCAGAUGGAGGAGGCCCUCCCUGUGCCCCUUUCAGGGCACAGACUGGGACGCCAAGGACUUUCCUUCCCCUGGGGCCACCUGAUU